CUCCGCAAAUGUACAUGGAUUCAUGAAAAUCACUGUACCCAGUUAACACUUAUAAACUUCUCCUGAAAUAAGAGAACCUUAAAUCUUUUGAGAGAUGCGAGACUUAUGACAUGUGUGCCUAUCAUAUUCGAGAUAUUUAUGAUAUAAAUACACAGAUAACAAAUGAUCAACUAAAGUGAUAAGCUUCUUACCUUACACAUACGAACUCGAAAAAUUCUCUCAUCUCCUGUCUCAAUCAGAUAUAAUAGUCAUUGAGAAUUUUAUAAGCUCCUCAGUUUCCUCGCAACUAACGGACUCUUGAAUUCGCGGUCACUCCGUUUCACUAGGAAGUUUUUUUUCCUUCCAAUUUAAAUAAUUUCAUAAGUUUUAAAAGCAACGACUGAAAAAAUGGAGAAUUAAUUUACAAGAUUUAAUGGAACUAAAAGUUGAACAAAAGAAAGUUUUUAAAUAAAUUUUAUAAAAUAGAAAAGAAAAGAAAAAAAAAGAUAAAUUUCUUCGAGAACUCGACACUUUAUGAAACGGAAACUACAAAUUUAUUCGAUAUAAUAUUUUUAUCAUUAGUAUAAAAAAAUCAUAAAGAAGAGUCUGAACUGUUUCUUUUGAGUUUAAGUUGCUCUUGAAAAAUUAAUAGAAAAUUACUGCAUAAAUAGAAUUAUAAAUUUAAGUGAAGGUUUAGAAAGCUUUUGAUAAAAGUGGACUUUAGAACAUGGAAAAAUCAAAAUCAUCUACAAAUGAGACUCAAACAACUCAAAGUGAAGAUGAAAAGUCAAAGUGGUCAAAGUUUUGUCAAAAACGAAACAUUAAUGCAAACCUUUUUAUGCUUAAAGUUACUUUAUUUGUGAUGCAUGGAGCAACUUCGUCACUCUUACCCUAUUUGACGAUUCAUAUGCAAAGUAUAGGAAUAACUGUUGAGGAAAUCGCUAUAAUUUAUCUAGCCUUACCAUUCACAACUUUCUUAGCUCCUCCAAUUACAGGUUUCCUUGUUGAUAAAUUUGGAAAGUACAAACCAGUCGUCAUUAUGACACUUCUUCUUAACGCCGUCUUUCAUCAUGCAUUAUUUAUAAUUCCCCAACAAGAGAUACCGGGGAGCGUUCCAGCAGCUUUCGUCAUAAGACAUCCACAAAGUGGAAAUGUUGAAGUAUGGUGGUCACCAUGUCCUAGUCGUGAAUGUCCUGAAGAGGAAGAGAUUAAUAUUGUAGUAGAUUCUUGCAUUGAUCAUUGCUUACUUCUUGAACUAAAUGCGCCAGAUCCAAAAAUUGAACCGAUUCCUGAAAAGUCUACAAAAGCACCUGUUGUGCGGAUAGCCAAUACAAACGAAGAAGAUGAUCUCAAUUUUCAAAUUAGUAAGAAGAAAAAUUCGCAGAUGAAAGUACUUACCGAAUCAACGACGGAUGGAUCAAUGCGAAUUUCACCGGAUAAUCCUUACAACAGAUCUUAUUUCAAUUUAACAGACUUUGACAUCGAUAAUAUAUCUGAAGAGAGUGAAGAAGAAAGUUGGGUCGGUGGAAGCGGCGAAAGCGUUAUCUUUGUGCUGGAUAUGCAUCCAGAUCUUGGCGAUCCUAUAGAACAAUUGGGUAUAGAAAUUGAAGAUUCUAAUGACGACAAUGUGACAGACUUUAAGCAACGAUUUGGUGAGAAGCUUUUAUGGGACAAGGGUGUAAAUGUUACUGCAUUAGAGGAAGAGGAUUUAAGAUGCGGUGGAUUAGUUCUCCGUCAUAAUAUGACAAUUUCUGAUGAUCGUCUUCGAGAACUUGCUGAAGAUUGUAUGGUUCAAAAAUGUGAAUUUAUUACAGGAGGUCCAGAAAUUUGUCCUCCAGACUAUAAAGAGAGUGAUGAUAAAGUGUUCUGGAUUUAUUUCUUAUUACGUUUUCUCGGUACAACGAUGUUAUCAGGUGGCGUCACAAUGAUGGAUCCUAUUGCUUUAACGAUGAUUGAAAAAUAUGGUGGUGACUUUGGUAGAGAGAGAUUGUUUAGUAUGUUUGGAAUGGCUAUAUUUAGUCCAAUAACAGGAAUGCUCAUCGAUCAUAAUUCAAAGAAUCUUGGAUAUACUGAUUAUUCAGCUGCAUUUUAUACUUAUGAUGUUCUCCUUGUUAUCACAGCAAUUACUGUCUUUUUAAUGCCUUUGGGAGAGAAACUACCUGCUGAUAAUGUCUUUAGGGAUUUAUGGAAUCUAUUAAAAAUGCCACACGUUAUCUGCUUCAUAAUAUUCUUGUUCGUGUUGGGAAAUUUUUGGGGAUUUAUAGAAAGCUUCUUGUUCCUUUAUUUGAAAGAACUCGGUGCACCAAAUUAUUUAUUAGGUAUAACAAUCACCGUCGGUACAAUAUCAUCAAUUCCGUUCCUUUAUACGGCUGAGAAACUCACUAGGAUUUUUGGACAUGUAAACCUUAUCGUUAUCGCAUUCUUUUCACAUGCAGGACGUCUUGUGGGUUAUUCAUUCAUUGAAAAUGCAUGGUGGUGCUUUCCUUUCGAAGCUAUGGAAGCUUUGUCAUGUCAUCUUAUGUGGGUAGCGGCUGCAACCUAUUGUUCAUUGUUAGCACCGAAAAAUCUUUUAGCAACGCUUUUAGGUGUUUUGGGAAUGGCACAUUUUUCAUUGGGCCGAGGAAGUGGCUCAUUUGUUGGCGGCUUUAUGAUUGGUGAAGUUGGGACUAGAGAUGCUUUUAGAUACAUGGGCUUGAUUGCUGUAGCUGGUGGAAUUGCCUACAAAUUGAUAUACUUCAUAUGGCUUAAGCGUUUUGAUACGGAUGAUGAUAAUGUUGAUGUCUUGGAAAGUGGUGAAAAUGAGAAAUUAUCCCCGGAACCAAAGAUGAAGGACGCAUCUACAUCGAUGUCACAAGAGCGCUUAUCAUUGAUGAUUAAGUAUAAUCAGAUUGGAAGUUUAUCGUCACUCUCACGUGGAUCUAAAACAGACAUUGACUCAGUUGUUCGUCGUCGAAGUAGUUAUUCGAUUAGUGCUACAAGUCCAAAGGGUGGCAGUGCCUCAAAGGUUGAUUUGUUGAAAUCAGCACUGGAAAUUAAUCAUGGAAAAAUCUCAAAUCACAUGCUGCGCAAGGACGAUAAAAACUGUGAUCAAUCAUUGCGUUCUAUUCAUGCCGAGAGUGCUCCAAAAUUACACAGUCAUUAUGGGAGUAAAAACAUCUCACAGCCGAGCUUUAUAGAGGUACUCGAUGAGGACACAGAACGGCGUGAUUCUAUUCCAGAAGAAGGCAGCGAACAUCAUCUUCUUGGUCAAGCGAGACAAAUGAAACCAAUUUAUGAAAUUGACUUGAUGAAACAAGCUAAUAUCGAAAAUGAGCCGAAUGCAGAGACUGCAACUGAUAAUAGUGCAGGACAGAAGACGAAAAUUGAAACUGAUGUGAAGCAGGAUGGAAAGUCAGAUAGCUAAUUGUUGAAAAUAGAAAUAUUUAAAUCUCAAUAUAAUUGAUAUUGUUGUAGAUUAUUAGAACUUAAAGUUUUUAAUGUUUUAGAUUUUUUUUUUGAGAAAAUUUGUGAAAUAAAUUUGACUUUUUUUUUCGCGUU